AUGCAAAACCUGUUUCAAACCCGUUGCUGAACUUUUGGCUUGUCGCCUUUUCUACUUCUGUUCAAGUACUCGAAAGGCUGUUCAGUUGGAGGUACCCUCGUCAUCUUUCUGCACCCCACCAGUCUCAUUUGCCUCAUCAGAAUGAAAGACCGAGGAUCCAACAUAAAUCAGUCCUCCUGCCGGAGUCGACGCAUUCCGGAAAGUGCUGUGCAGGUUGUCCCUUAUACUCCACCGUCUACGGUAUCCAUCACUCGACGGCCUCCUCUAGUUCUUUCACUCUGAAAUAGAGGAAGGGGAUAGUUGUCAAGUCCAAAAAGCCACGAAACCACGAAGGGGUUUCUCCAUAGUUUUUUAACUCUGGAGCUGAGAGAUAUUCAAAAGGUUGAAAUGUUUUAUUAGCGCCGAUUGCUGCCGUUCAUGAGUUCCUGCUCGAAGAAUGGGAGCGCAAGCACCCCAUUCAUACUCUGCUGGCUCGUUAUGAGCGCAUGUACUCAGAGGUUUAGUAUCAUUGCGGUCUACCACGAUCCCGGCGAAAUACUUGAAAUGUAUAAAGAGGAAUUCACUUUCAUGAUCUAUGCGACCAGGACUCUUACGGGUACGAAGUCUGAUACAAACACUUCAUUUCAGGGCCUUUAAACCCUGUCCUGGCUAGUAGGAAUGAACAUUGCCUCCUUCCCGUUGACGACAAACACCCUAUAGUGGUCAAUG